CGAACCUGCAUCCCUGCAUCAUGGCGGUGCGCAUUCUGUGUGAUUGCUGUGCGCUUCAAAAUUUAAGUUUUUGAGGCUUUUUCCUCUGAAAGUAAAGAGGCUUAUGAACAACUGAAAGCUUUUAAUCCUACCGAAAGCUAUCAUGGCAGACGAAAACUCCAUGCCAAGUGUUGAGACCGUGAUUCACGCCAUCAAUGCACUUUAUAAGGAUCCCGACACGUCCGGCAAGGAGAGAGCAUCGGUUUGGUUGGGAGAACUUCAGAAAUCGGUGUACGCGUGGAAAAUUGCGGAUGAACUACUUCACAAGCACAUGGACUUGGAGUCGUGCUACUUUGCAGCACAGACUAUGCGAACAAAAAUUCAGUACUAUUUUCAUGAGCUCCCGGUGGAGUCCCACACUUCAUUACGCGACUCCCUCAUGGAACAUCUCAGUAAAGUGAAUGAAGAUACUGCUCCUGUCAUUGUUACCCAGCUCUCGUUGGCCAUGGCUGAUCUUGCAUUGCAGAUGGCCACUUGGAAGACACCAGUUGUUGACCUGAUUUCACGGUUUGGUUCCAGCACAGUCCAUCUGCCGGUGCUACUUGAAGUUCUUACGGUUCUUCCAGAAGAGGUGAAUAGCCGCAGUAUGCGCCUGGGAGCGAAUCGCAGGAAUGAAGUGAUAGAGUCCUUCACUCAGGUUUCCCUGCAAGUCAUCCAUCUCUUGGACGCUUGCAUCCAACCAGGUGCGACAGACUCCAGAAGAGCUACGCGAGUCUUCCGCUGCCUGGGGAGCUGGUUUUCAGUAGGUGCCCUGCCUUCUGAAGAACCCAUGCUCCAUAAACUUCUGGGUCACGUCAUAGCUUCACUGACUGACCCGUCGUCAUCAUCAACAGUACACGACACAGCUACAGACUGUAUUUGCAACGCACUCAUGCUCAUUGGUGACACAGCCAAGCCAAAUGUGCUUGCCCAGGUGUUAAUUCACGGUGUCUACUCACUGGUUGAUGCUUAUCAUAUGUCUGUCGCGCAGGAAGACCAGGACAGGUCCGUAAAUUAUUGUCGCAUUUUCACGGAGCUGGCAGAAUCGCUUCUGGAUGAUAUCGUACGGAGUCCCGGGCAGGGUCUGGGUGACUUCCGGACAUUAGAUCUGCUCCUGAUGUGUGUCGGCCAUUACGAAUACGAGGUGGCGGAGAUCACGUUCAAUUUCUGGUAUCGCAUGUCUGAAGUGGUCUACAAGGAAGACAAUGACAGCUUGAAUGCCUGCUUUGAGCGGUACAUUCAGCUCCUCAUCGUCGCUCUCUGCAGGCACUGUCAGCUGGAUCCAGACAAAGAAGGAGUUCCUGACGAUCAAGAUGAUUUUGGCGAAUUCCGGUUACGUGUCUCUGACCUCAUCAAGGACGUCAUAUUUCUGGUGGGGUCUUCCAAGUGCUUCAGGCAGAUGUUUGAGAACCUCAAGAACCAUGGCCCUUCAGCCACGUGGGAAACAACAGAGGCUACCCUCUUCGUGAUGGCUGCUGUGGCAAAGAGUGUUCUGCCAGACGAAGAAGUGGUGGUCCCACAGGUUGUGGAUGCAAUUCUGCAGCUUCCACCAGAGACUCAUGUAGCAGUCAGGUACACCAGCAUUCAGCUUCUUGGAGAACUCUGCGAAUGGAUCGAAAAACAUCCGCAGUACCUCAAUCUGUCCCUCAACUUCCUCCUUCAAGGGUUGCAGCAGCAACCCCUUGCGAGUGCAGCCGCUGCUGCUCUGCAGAACAUCUGCGCCACGUGCAGAACUCAAAUGGUGGAGCACUUUGACGUCCUCCUACAAAUUGUGCGUGCCGCCGACACUCUGGCCGUCUCUGCGGAGGCAUCUGUUGGACUGCUGAAAGGCACCGUGCUCGUCCUCACCCAGAUGUCACCCGACAAGAUCACCCAAGGGCUGCGGGAGCUUUGUAAAAUUCAGCUCGAAUCUCUAGUGCACGCAAUUAGUCAAGAGGGAGGAGGUGAUAAGCCUGACCCGAUUGUCUGGCUCGACAGGCUAGCUGCUAUUUUUAGGCACACCAAUGUGACGGCCGUCUCUGGUCACACCCACCCGUGCCUACCAGUGGUAGAAGAGGUGUGGCCCAUACUCUCCCAGACCUGCAACAGAUGCCAGGGCGACAUUCGAGUGAUGGAGCGCUGCUGCCGCUGCAUUCGUUUCACCAUACGCUGUGUCGGCAGACAAUCUCACAGCCUGCUACAACCCCUGGUUACUCAGAUAGUACAGCUGUACCAGGUCCACCAACAUUCCUGUUUCCUCUACCUGGGCAGUAUACUUGUGGACGAAUACGGUGGUGACCCCGCAUGUAUACAAGGCCUUCUGGACAUGCUGCAAGCUUUCUGUGGGCCGACGUUUCAACUCUUAAGCGGAGCAAACGCCCUCAGAGACCAUCCAGAUACAGUCGAUGACCUGUUCCGUCUCUGUACAAGGUUCCUUCAGCGAGCACCCUUGGCAUUCCUGAAGAGUGCAGUGCUGGAAGGUGUGGUGCAGUGCGCUCUUGCCGCGUGUUUGCUGGACCACAAGGAAGCCAAUGCAUCUGUCAUGAAAUUCCUCUAUGACAUGAUACAUAGUGGACGAUCCAAACCUGAAUUGCCAACCUUCGCUGAACGCAGAGAUUUGGUGGGAUCUCUGCUUAGGAAUCAGGGACAGGAACUGGUGAACACAAUGGUGCGAGCGUCGACCAUGGUGCUACCCACUUAUCUGCUGACGGAUGUGGCGGAAACACUCUAUGAACUGCUCCAGUUGGACAGACAGGCACUGAGCAUGUGGUUACAGAACGCUCUUCAACUGUUGCCUAUGCGGAGUACUGGAGGGGCAGUUACUGUUACCCCGGAGCAGCUAUCAGAAUUCUUGUCUACAGUCACAAAUGCACAGCAAAUGAAGACAGUGUCCACGGCGCUGCGAGAAUUUUCGCGACUCUUUCGAUGAAUAAGCUGCCUUGUGACGCUGGAGUGAAGGAACCCCACAGGAUGUUGUACAGUGUUGCCACCUUCACGCCACCAUUUUUGUGAGAGGACGCAUUAAUGUGUGACAGUUGACGUUGCAUCCGGAUAUCGUCUGGAUAUGAUCGAGUGAAUGUUGAUGAAUGCAUACAGGAUGGGUAUAAGUGGAUGUUGUAAUAAUAAAUAAUGUUAAUUGGAUUGUAAUGGAUGGCUGCAAUGUUUUUCUGUUUUGCAGGAAAAUGUUCUUGUGGCUCGAACAAAUAUGGAAGUAACGCAGAAUUUGUACCGCAUUUCUGGUUGAACGGGUCAGAUUUCUGGCCCCAUUUUAGUAUAAUCUCAGUUAGCGAAGCUGGUGCUACAAAUUUUGAAGCAAACAUUGCGAGGCAUGUAAUUGGCACUAUUUUAAUGGGAAAUUUGUGUAUCGAUUUUUUUCCUCAUGAGUAUGCACACAGGCACAUGUGACAGUGAAACUGUAAAACAAUCCGUUUUCUUCUAUCUUACAAUUUCCAUCCAGAUCAGCUGUACAAACGCAGGAUAUUUGUCUAAGUACAGGUUAGAAAAAUUGUGUCUUUAAUAUACUUGGAAUAACAGGGUCACACUUGAAAUUCAAGUUACGGUGUUUGAAUAUUCUGAGUUUUCUUCAUUCCUCAUGCCCAUUGUGUGUUACUUGCCAGUCACUCUGUUUGUGUUUAUGUGUGAUUGUACAUCAUGGAUUUUGAGAGGACAUCAUUUCCUUGUUUGACAUUUCUCAAGCAAUGUUUUAGAGAUUAAAAUUGUAUCAUAUUA